AUGACGAGCGUGGACGAGAAGAUCGCGCGGGCGAGAGGGCGCGGGAGGCGAGGGAGCGCGAGCGCGGGUGGGUCGGAGGACGAGUACGGGAGCGACUCGGAGGACGCGCCGCUGCCGGGCGAGGACGACGGCGAGACGGAUGACGACGCGAGCGUCAGUGGAGACAGCGAGAGUGGUGAGGAGAGCGAGAGCGGUGAUGAUGACGACGACGAGAGCGAGAGCGAGCGCGAGCGCGAGCGCGAGCGCGAGGAGGAAGAGGAGGAUGGGACGAGCGAAGGCGAGGAAGAGCGCGAGGCGCGCGAGGAAGACGCGGCGAAGGACGAGAAAGCAAAGACGCCCACGGCGACGGCGACGUCGUCGGAGAGUGAUUCCGAGUCGGAGGAUGGGUUUCAAGAGCGCGCGGUCGUCAAGGGGGCGAAAGGGGACACGACGUUCGACGCGAAGGCGUUCGACGAGUUGCACCUGUCGCGGCCGCUGACGCGAGCGUGCGAGGCGCUCGGGUAUAAGAAACCGACACCGAUUCAGGCGGCGGUGAUUCCGAUCGCGAUGACUGGUCGCGACGUCUGCGGGCGAGCGGUAACGGGGAGCGGGAAGACGGCGGCGUUUAUGCUGCCGCAGUUGGAGCGGAUGUUACAUCGAGGACCGAGGCCGGCGGCGGCGACGCACGUGUUGGUCUUGGUGCCGACGCGCGAACUUGCGGUUCAGGUGCAUCAAAUGACGGAAAGUCUCGCGCAGUUUACAACAAUUCGAGCCGUGCUCGUCGUCGGUGGAUUGUCGGCGAACGUGCAAGCAGCUGCGCUGCGCACUCGACCCGAAAUUGUCGUGGCGACGCCCGGUCGCGUCAUCGACCACGUGCGAAACACGCACUCGUUUGGGCUAGAAGAUCUCGCGACGUUGAUUUUAGACGAAGCCGAUCGUUUGCUGGAGAUGGGAUUCUUGGAAGAGAUCAAAGAAAUUGUUCGACAAUGCCCGAAGAAGCGCCAAACGUUAUUAUUCAGCGCCACGCUCACCGCCGGCGUCGAGGCGCUGGCGAGUCUUUCGAUGAAGAAUCCGGCGAGGCUUUCCGCGGACACGCUCGGCACGACGCCCAAGCGGUUGGUGGAGGAAGUGUUAAAGCUCAAACCUAACCAAAGUGCUCAGAAAGAGGCGUUCUUGAUGGCCAUUGUGAGUCGUUCUUACGACAAGUCGACCAUUAUAUUUUCCCAAACCAAGCAAGAGGCGCAUCGUUUGAAGAUCAUCAUGGGUUUAAGCGACAUCAAAGCGGGUGAGUUACACGGGGACAUGACGCAGACGCAGCGCUUAGCAGCGCUCGAUGAAUUUAGGACGGGCACAGUCACGCAUUUGAUCGCCACAGACGUCGCCGCCAGAGGCUUGGAUAUUCCAUCCGUCGACGCGGUGAUUUCGUUCGACGCGCCGAAGACUUUGGCGAGCUAUUUACACCGAGUCGGGCGCACAGCGCGCGCGGGGAAGAAAGGCACGGCGUUGACCUUCAUGGAAGAAUCCGAUCGUAAACUAGUCAAAACCAUAGCAAAACGAGGGGCGAACCUCAAAGCGCGAAUCGUGCCCGGGAACAUCGUCGCCGAGUGGCACAAGAAAAUCGAGGAUAUGGAGGAGCAAAUUGUGCAAAUCAACUACGAAGAGCGCACCGAACGUCAGCUUCAAAAGGCCGAAAUGGAGGCAAAUAAGGCUUCGAACAUUCUCGAGCACGCGGCUGAGAUCAAAUCGCGACCGGCGAAGACAUGGUUCCAGAGCGAACGCGACAAACGCAACGCGCAAAAAGACGCGCUCAAGGCGAUGGAAACAGCCGAAAUGGACUUGAUGGAUCGAAAGUCUCACCGCAAGGGCGCCAAGCGCCGACAGGAAGCGGCCGGUCCCGAUCGUUUACCCGACAGCAAGCGCGCGCGACGCAAACUCGCGCAACAGGCGCUAUACAAAAAGGAGCGCGGCGACGACGACACCCCUCGAGGCGGCUUUCGCGUGACCAAGGGCGUCAAAUCCGUCAAAGCCAUCGAACGCGAGGCCCGCUUGACCGGCGGCGUCGCCACCAAAGUCGUCCGCAUGGUCAAAAACGCGCGCGAUCCCAAGGCCAAGGCCAAGCGCGCCGCGCGCGCCGACGUCCACGACGACGACGACGCGCGCGUCCAAUCCUCCGGCCGCGGCGCCGAUUUCCGCGGAGGAUUUCGCGGCGCGAGCCCGGGCGCCCCCGCCAAGCCCUUCAAGACCGCCCGCGGCAAGUUCAAGAGCGCCAGCAAGUACCGCAGAAAGUAG